UGAAGAAUCCUUUGUGUCUAUCAGCCUUAAUUGAAACACUCCACUAGGGUAACACUCAAUGAGAAACAAUUGUGAUUGGUUUCAUGGCUUCAAAAAGUCCAGUGGGUCUGAGCAAAUACUUGGAAGGAAGCACAUUCUUAGGAAGAUAAAAAAUAGAUAAUUGCGGGCAGCCAAUCUUGAAUGGUCUUUGGCAACUGCCGAUAUCAGCGCCGAGAAAGUCAUUCCCAACUAACUAAACGGACCAAGGCGGCGACCUGACACUGGGCCGCCAGCAUGGCUGAAGACCGAAGGCUGACGUCCAAGUACCUGGAGAUGCGGAAUGAGCUCGAAGAGAAGAGAAUUGAACUGGAAGAGGAUGUGGACACCUCACUGGCUUAUUAUCAGGAGCGCAUGGAGAACCUGCUCGUCGACUCAAACCACGUGCCGCCACCACCGAAUGUGCUCGAGCGGGACAGCGAAAACCUGGUCGCGCUGUCAACCAUCCAGCGGCGUCGCGUAGAGCACUGCGCCGUCAGCUUUCGGCCGCUCGAGUUCGCCAUGCGAUUUUGUAAAUACGUCAGCGACGGCGGGGCGUCAUCCAUGGCCCCGGACGUCUGGGGCACUAUCGGCCAGCUGAGCGCCGACAGUUUCUUUCGACCGUCGCCUGGCCUGCGCGUGCUGCGGGGCCGCCUGCCGCCACCGAACAUGGCGCCACGGGAGCGGCAGCAGCGCCAGCGACGGGCGCGGUCCGGCCCAUUGGCAGCCGUUGUUUCGCCGGACCAGGUGAAGGCGUCUGCUCACCCGGAGUCGACGAGGAUCCAGGUGGACCGGCUGCUCCAGGCGCUCAAGAAGCUGCACAGUGAGCGUCAACGGCCCAUCAACUUCUUUAAGUUCGCCUACCACCCUACCGACUUCGGCGCCACCGUCGAGAACGUGUUCCACACGGCGUUCUUGGUGCAGAAGCAGUUGGCGCGCGUGCGGCUGGAUGGCGACGGCGUGCCGGUGAUAGAGCCGGUGACCGACCAACAGCGGCAGGAUGACAACAACAAGGCCGGCCGCCACCAGCUGCUGAUGCGUGUCGAUCACGAGACGUGGCAGCGCGUCGUUAAAGCCUUCAACAUCCAGCGGCCGCUCGUUAAGCCGGCGGCCGCGGCGGACGCGUUGCAGAGAAGCUGUGAUGGUGCCGCGCCGCCGACGAAAAGGGACCGGAGAUCAUGAGCCACCCGCUGUGGACGGCGUGAUUCUGUGCGGUAUGUACAUCCCACAUAUCGCGCAUGUUUAGUUCAUUCAUUCCAUUCCAUACUGACUACCAUGGCAAGCUUUACGCACCAAUGCAUAGCACGCUUACAUGGAAGUAGCAUGAUUUUGCGAUGUGGUUUAACGUGAUCCGCCCGUUUUAUGCCCGUGUGACCCGUAUAACCGCUAGCUUUUUGCUCCAAUCGUACGUGUUGGCUUGCCUGUAAGGGGCAAGUUUCGAAGCUUGUAGGGUGAGGAAGUGUUCACACUCGUAGCGUUUCCCACGCUAAAUGGAAACGAGGUGUCCAGAUUAUGGGCCAAAGUCAACUCGUUGUCAAUGUAUCUCCACUUUUUCAAGGCACCAGAAGAAAGCCAGUCGUAGGAAUUCAACUGAGUGAAAGUCGGAUGUGAUCAUGAGCGUGGCUGAUCUGGCCAUUAUAAAAGCAGCAAUAGCAGCGUCUCAGCGUCUUGCCAAGCGGCGUCUCAUCGUGUAUUAGGAUAAGGUCAAGAACUGUACAAGUAUUUCUCCCUUACCGCUUUCUCAGUGCUGUUUGUUGCAAAUACAAAUAUGUGGCAAACUGA